AUGUCGAGAGAGAGGGGAAGAGUAGCAAUGAUCGCCUGAUGCCUCGUGAGUAGAGCUCAUUUCGGACACAGACUACUUGGACUGAUUGCAACGCCACCAACCUGCGCGCCCUUGUACUGGCCGCAUGGGCUACGUGGUUGGAGCCAAUACGAGCGGCCGCUCCGAGUAGCAUGGCCGUAUGCAGCCUAGCAGGAUCUCGGAACCAUGACUCUAUGCGGCUCCAGAACGGUCACGUUGGAUAACAACGCGCUUUCUAACCUUGCCUUUGGUCGUGAAUAAUGUUACUCCCGACCCUUGAUUUAUGUUUCAUCUUUCAUCGUUUGCGCCGCUUCCGUCGUACGUUCAUUUUCUUUCUGCAGCUUCGCUGUGUCUUGUUUCAGCCUUGCGCAGCUUCAAUCUCCACACGCACACAGACUCACUACUCAAUCUCUCCCACAUACUCCCUUACGUCCAAUCUGUUGAACAGCUUUUACUCCCACGUCCAAAAAACACACAAACAAGAAAAACACUAGCCAGCUCAAGUGCUUUUUGCUCCCUCUUUUCGAGUCUUGGCCAUGAACCUGCCCAGAAAACGCCGAUUAUAACCACGCAGGCCCAUGGAAUCUCUGAACAAUGUUCAGAAUCGCGAAUGGGUCAUCGGCUACUUCGCAGCGCUCACUGCGCUUACCUUGGGCUUCCUCGCCAUUCGCUUCGCAGCGAGACUCCGUCAUAAGACGACGCGCUUCGACUUCGACGAUUUGUUCAUCGCAUUUUCCUGGAUCUUGAGCGUGUGCAUGACUGGUUUGACCAUCACCGGAAUUGUUGAUUAUCAUUUUGGCCGCCGCCUUGCUGACAUUCCGUCGGCUCUUAUUCCCCGCGCUCUCGAGUAUGAUUGGGUCCUGAACCUUCUGUACUUGUUCCAAACUGCUUUUACAAAGACGUCGAUUCUUCUUUUCUUCCGAAGAGUCGGCCGGGACACUGUAUCCCGAAAAUUCAAGUGGACAGUGUGGUCCUCAAUGGCUUUUAUCCUAGUUUACUCGCUUGUUCUACUGAUCAUCUAUGUUAGCGACUGCUUUCCAGUCAGUGCGGUUUGGAUGCAAUACGAUUCGCAUUGGGCUUCCACUCAUCAAUUUAAUUGCGCCUCACUCAGUCAGCACAUCGGCACUGCUUGGACAGAUGGACUGCUGGCUGUCAUAACUGACCUGCUCACCGUCUCCUUAGUCUCCUGGUUCUUUGUGAGACGUCGGGUCUCGGGCACUUCGCGUGUUCCGCUAAUUCUUGCGUUGGUGCUGGGCUAUCUACUUGCGGUACCAAGCGUCUUUCGACUGGUUUACCUUGUGCGAGCCCAACAACCGGCAACGGACAAAGUCUGGUAUACUUACCCAGCCCUCAUUGCAGGCAAGACUGAAGGAGACAUCGGUAUUUGUCUUGCCUGCACGCCUGCACUCAGUGCCCUACUCAAGCGCGUCCUUUACUCUCGGCAAGAUAGAGAUGAACAAUUGAGCAUCCGCGAUCGCAGUCCCCCAGAGAGCCGAGCCCCUAGUCGAACACGACCUUCUAUCCGUUCCAAUAGGUCCGCAGUAUCCGUUCGCUUCGAAAAGAACACGACGAGCCCGGAUAGUUCUAUACGGCCAGCUCAUAAUGCAACACAACAAGUCUUCAAAUGGAGUGAGCAUAGUAUGGAUGACAUUCCCGAAGCAUAUGCAGAGAACGUGGGUGCUCCACAGACAAGUGAGAAGGAGAUAGAGAGUGCUACGAAUGAAACGAGGAGAGCGGAACCUCCUCGCAAGCUAACGAGUGCUCAGUCUUGGUUGAAUCUUGAGACGGAAUCUAGCGAUGAGGAGCAGGGUAGAGGAAACAUAACAAGACAUAUCCCUCAUAGAUGACGAUAAAGCUCAUGUGCUUCCGAUAAUCUUAAUAACACUAAUGAAAUCCAUGUAUGAAACGAAUAGCGAC